AUGGAGUCCACAGAUACUCUAAGGAGAAUGAGUAGUAUGAGUCCAUCCAUGAACCCGUUAAGUCCUACAACUUUGGACAACCUUUCAAUGGAUUUAAGAGAAAGGAAGAAUGACGAUUUUAGGUUCAACGAUGAGAUAUCAAGCCCUUUUGUUGCACCGAGGACGCCAAGGUUAGGCAGACAAAAGCCAGAACUUAGUGGCUUUGCUAUGUCCGAGUCACGGUUUACAAACCCACGGACACCAACUAAGCGCUCACCCCAGAAAUUAGGCACAUCACCCAGCAAAAACUACUUGGGGCUGGUCAAAGAGGCAAGAGGCAGUCCAUUGAAAUUUCGCUCGACACCAGCAAAAGAGAAAACUUACAAAUGGUCUCCGCAGGCGCAACUUGAUUCUUUAAAGGUUGAAAACGAAAAGUUGCAUCGGGACCUCGAAAAGAGUGACUACUAUCGCAACGAAAUGCUCCGCUUAAAGAAAGAAUUGGAAAGAUCGGAUAAUAUAAGAGCUAAAUACAGCUCGGAGGAGAGGCUUGUGCAAGAUUACAAGCUGGAAAUUGAGCGACUCGAAGAAGAGACUAAGCGAUUGAAGACCUCCAUCCAGGUGAAAGAUGGAACGAUAAAACAACAGCGACUGCAAAUCGAGAAAUUGACCGUAGAGAAUAAAGACCAAGCUUCCAUUAUUGUUGGAAAAACUCGGAAAAUUGAAGAAUUACAGAGACUUAGAGAUUUGGCGUUUGAAAAAUGUUUGAAAAUGGAAAAGAACAUGGAUGCAUACUCUGCAGAAAUGGAAAAACUCAGGCUGUAUUGUUACCUGCAGGAAAAGACAAGAGGUCAAGAGAGUUACAACUCAGCUAACAAGACAACCAACAAACAAGUGCAAACAGAGGUUGGUAAAAGGUCAGUCGUUGAAGAUGUGGCUCCGUUGUCGCUGGCCAGUGUUUCACAAACAGAGUCAAAACCGCGCAACAAAACGCAUGAUCCUUCACGGAUACUUCAAAUCUCUCUUGACGAUUUCAAGUCUAUUGUAAUACUGAACCAAACUACAUCUGAGCACGCCGGUGGAGACGACAAGAGUAUGCUGCUGCCUAGUGCAAUCGCAAAUGACUCAGAUGUAAAGCGACCUCCAACACUGGGCACAGUAGAUGAGAAGUUGGAAUCAUGUACUACCAACAAGCCAAAGACCACGGGGAAUAUGACUAACCCGCAAAGUGAUGACGCAGAUCCACUGCCGAUAAACCCGACUGACGAUACCCCAGAACUGAAAUGCUCAGAUACUGAUCUAGAGAGACCAAAUCUCUCCUUGAAAGAAGAGUCGCAUUCAUAUCCAAAAGAAGACCUGGAGAGCCUACGCAAGGAAGUGGAGCAAUUGAAGCUCAAGAUACAAUAUUUGGAAAGGAUUGUAGAAAGCAAGGACAGCAAGGUAGAGUGCGCGAGAGAAGCUCGUUCACACUGUGAUCCUUCUGAAAGCUUGCGUGCGCAAUUCCUGAGAAGCAGUCACAUUUCGCAACCUCCGUAUCCCAAGCUGGAAAGUGGGCGAGUACAAUCUGACGAUGAGGGAGAUUGGCACAAUCUGCCACCAGAAUUGGAAGCUUGGUCCCACCGUUCUGGAAAAUCGCCACGUCGACCCCAACUUCAAUCGAAUGCUCAAACGCAGACUUGUACGGACAAGUCCUUCAAGAACCUUGAUGGAAAAAAGGACAUGUCUAGUAAAGUGAGUACUGGUAGUGGUGGUGGUGGUGGUGGUGCAGGACAAGAAAAUACUACAAAGAGAACCAAACCCUCAGUUGACAAAUGCACUCAAACUACCAAUGCCGAACCUUUCACUUCUGCAGAUGAGGCGGACCAAUGUAACACCUUCCCUUCCGACUUGAAUGGGAGUGCACCACACAAAGAAGCGCCCAAGCAAACACCGACAGAGACCAGCCUGCAUUUUGUUCGAGUUAAACCGACUACUGAUUAUCACUUACUAGGACUACUGGAUAAAUUAAACGAAAUGAGUCCAGAGGACUUCCUAGGAGUUUCCCACAAAGAUCAGACAAUUGAAGACUACACCAGGUCGAAGAAGAAAUCUAGAUUCAACAAUAAAAUCCCAUGUACCCUCUCGGCCAACAAUUAG